AAAAUACAUUUUUUCUGAUCCCAAACAGUUUCAGAGACUUGAACGGGACACACGUGCAUACAUUAUACCGAUCUUCCAAGGAAUUGUUCAGUUUUAAGUAUAAAAAAGAUUGUAUUUUAGUUUUUGUCUAUCCCUUAAGACGAUCAAAGUGGACUUAAUUCUAAAAUGCAAAUAAACAGCGAUUCAAACCAGGAACAAUACUUCAGAAGAAAUAUUCCAGGAAAAGUUAAUGCUGCGGAUUUCCCGAGCUAUUCCAAUAAUUUAUUUAUUGGUUAUAAGCUACAAUUAUUUUUCUGGACAGCAGUAUGCUGCUAUGUUUUCAUGUUUUUGAUUUUUCUGGCAAUAUGUAUUUCGAUAUAUGUAUAUUUUAAAAGCUAA